AGCGGGACAAGGAGAACCGCCACAAGAAGAAGAGCCGGAGCCGCUCGCGGAGCCGAGACAGGAAGAGACGCAGCCGCAGCAGGGAGAGGGGCAACAGGGAGCGGAGGAGCGCUUCCCGGGACCGUAGGCGUCGCAGCCGGUCCCCACGUCGCAUAACGAAGAAGAAGCCGUACAAAUACUGGGAUGUCCCCCCUCCUGGCUUUGAGCACAUCACCCCCAUGCAGUACAAGGCGAUGCAAGCGGCAGGUCAGAUUCCAGCCACUGCACUCCUGCCCACCGUGACCCCCGACGGCCUGGCGGUUACUCCCACCCAAGUUCCUGUGGUCGGCAGCCAGAUGACCAGGCAGGCGCGUCGGCUCUACGUCGGAAACAUUCCCUUUGGCGUGACUGAGGAGGCGAUGGCAGAUUUCUUCAAUGCCCAGAUGCGCCUGGCAGCUCUCUCCCAGGCCGCUGGUAACCCAGUCCUAGCAGUUCAGAUCAAUCAGGAUAAGAAUUUUGCUUUCCUCGAGUUCCGCUCCGUCGAUGAGACCACACAAGCCAUGGCCUUCGACGGCAUCAUCUUCCAGGGCCAAUCCCUCAAGAUUCGGCGACCGCACGACUACCAGCCCCUACCGGGCAUGUCGGAGAACCCCUCCGUCUAUGUGCCAGGUGUCGUCUCCACUGUUGUCCCGGACUCCCCACACAAGCUGUUCAUCGGUGGGCUGCCGAACUACCUGAACGAUGAUCAGGUUAAAGAGCUCCUCACCUCCUUCGGUCCUCUGAAAGCAUUCAAUCUGGUGAAGGACAGCGCCACCGGCCUCUCCAAAGGCUACGCGUUCUGCGAAUACGUCGAUAUCAAUGUCACCGAUCAGGCCAUCGCAGGACUGAAUGGGAUGCAACUCGGCGAUAAGAAGCUGAUUGUGCAGAGGGCCAGUGUAGGAGCAAAGAACGCUACUCCGAACACGAUAAACCAGACGCCAGUGACCCUGCAGGUACCCGGGCUGGUAUCCACCCAGGUACAGAUGGCGGGUAUGCCGACGGAGAUCCUGUGCCUGAUGAACAUGAUCACCCCGGACGAGCUGGUGGACGACGAGGAGUACGAGGAGAUUGUGGAGGACGUGCGCGAGGAGUGCAGCAAGUACGGCCUGGUCAAGUCCAUCGAGAUCCCGCGGCCCAUCGACGGGCUGGAGGUGCCUGGCUGUGGCAAGAUCUUUGUGGAGUUUGUCUCUAUCCUGGACUGUCAGAAGGCGAUGCAGGGUCUGGCCGGUCGCAAGUUUGCCAACAGGGUGGUGGUCACCAAAUACUGUGAGCCUGAUUGUUACCAUCGCCGCGACUUCUGGUAGAGAGCAGACAGCCAGGCCAGUCUGCACCGGGAACCCUGAACCACCGUCCCUCCCUCCCCCACCCCCUCUCUCUCUCUCGUUUCGUUUCUGGUUUUUUUUAAAAGCGAAUGUGUGUACCGUUUAUCGAUAUUUGUUUUGUUCCCCCUCCCCCUCCCCCCCGGAUGGAAUCAGAUAUGUACGGUUUUUAAUUUUGCAUUCCCCACCGUCCCCGUCCCCCCCGGCCCUGCGCAGGGUUUGCUGACUGGUGUUCUGUUGGCAGAGAGGGGUGGAGAGGAGGCAAAGGGAUGUGGAAUUUACAGCUUUCACUUCUCGGUCCCUCAGUCACCUGAUUCUCAUUCUCUCUCUCUCUCUCUUCCUCCGUUACCCUUUCCCGUUCUCUCUCUCUCUUCCUCCGUUACCCUUUCCUGUUCUCUCUCUCUCUCCUCCCCCCACCGCCUCCGUUACCCUCUCUCUCUCCACCCCGCCCUGACCCAUUACCCCUUCCCAGACACCCUCUCUCUCCCCCCCUCCCUCCGUUACCCUUCCCCGUUCUCCCCUCUCUCUCCCCCUCUCCCUCCGUUACCCUUCCCCGUUCUCCCUCUCUCUCCCCCUCUCCCUCCCUCCGUUACCCUUCCCUGUUCUCCCUGUCUGUCUCUCUCUCUCCCUCCCUCCGUUACCCUUCCCCGUUCUCCCUCUCUCUCCCCCUCUCCCUCCCUCCGUUACCCUUCCCUGUUCUCCCUGUCUGUCUCUCUCUCUCCCUCCCUCCGUUACCCUUUCCCGUUCUCCCCUCUCUCUCUCUCUCUCAUACACUGUCUCUCUCUCUUCUCCCUCUGUUACCCUUUCCCGUUCUCUCUCUCUCUCUCUCACGCAUUACUCUCUUCCUCCCUCUGUUACCCUUUCCCGUUCUCUCUCUCUCUCUCUCUCUCCAUACUCUCUGUACAUCACUCGUGGGGUGGGGGGGGGGGGGGGAUGAUGUCGGAUUCACUCCCUCUUUCGCCUGCGCCCCCGUUCCCUUCCUCACCAGUGGGACACAGCUUGCUGCUCCUCCCCCCCCCCCCCCCCCCCCCGUGUUUCGGGAAAAGCAGGAAUGGAAUCCACGUUCCGGUGGGGCGGGGCGGUGGAAACGAUGGGGGGAUCGGUUGGAGGUGGGUUUGGGACGGGGAGUGGGAAUCCUCUCUGUUUUUACGAAUUCAUAAUAAAACACAAAGAAGCCA